AUGCCGGCCAGAAAAGAAAAGAAUGCUCCUCGAGGAAGCACUGCAAAUCAACCCGGAACUAAACAUACCAGAUCCGACACAGAUGAUGAACUCAUGGCUGCCGCAGAACAACAUUCUCCAAUGCCCCGACAUCACUACCUCGACGAACAAACCGGAGUCGAACUGGAAGCAAAUGAAGACCUGGGGAAUAACUCUCCUGGCCAUCCUGGGAGCCCUGUGGCUGGGGAAGGAUGUGACGAUGGAUCUGAUCAACUUCAUAAACGUCGUCGCAAACAACUGCACCGGGUUCUUCACGACCCUUCCGACUUAGAAGACGAAGAACUCAUCUCCUUUCUCGGUGCGGCCCGGCUUCGUCGUUUCGCGAAUGCGGUCGCCAAAUACCUGGAAGCCUCCGACCAAGAAUACGACGACGCACCUGAUUGGGACCUUGGGAUGUUUAUCAAAGCUCCAUGCACAAAAGCCCCCGAUCCACAGAGAACACAAGGUCCAGAUCCUGAAAAAUACUACCGCAAAACUACAUCCUAUUACGACGCAAACCUGCAAACCUACUCCCAUGCCUAUCUCUACCGAUGGACUGCACCCCUUGCACAGCUCGCUGGCAGUUCUUCUCCUUCUGGCAAUCCAUGGCAGAAUCCGCAACAGGAGAGCACACCUGGUAACCAUGGUGACAUCUCUGGUUUCCUAGCAACGUCCUGGAUCUGCCGUGGGGAAGAUAACCGUGGAGGACAUGUCCAGCGUCACGCCGGUCCCGCCAUGUUACUGCAGGAAGUGGCAGCUGAUUGGUUCCGGUCACGUCCGACAGCUGUCGACGGGAGGUCGCGCAUCCAGCCGAGGUCCGUAGAGGACGAGCCAAUCAGACGCCUCGCCGCGGCCGGCCAAUCAGACUCCCGGCUGGAGGCGCCGUGCCCGUCGGUCCGGACUAAUCGAUGAGCGGAGACUCAGCGGGCGAGUGUCGGUCAACGCAGACACGCUCAACCCAACCCAGUCACCCGCCCUCCAUGAUUGGCCCGUUUGCUCAACGCCGCGUGACCCCCGCUGACACCCAGCGGGAUUCUGGGUAAGGCUGCUUAUACAAGGCGACGGGGAAAACAUGUCGUCACGACGGGAAGAACGGACAGAAAAUAAAAAUAAGAACAGAGCCAACAGCAGGAGGCUGGAGAGGAGAAAAACAGAGAAAUCUGGGAAAAAACAU